GUCUUGCUCUCCAUCUGUACACUUACUUGGUUGAUUUUCGACGAUUCUGCCUUUGUGUACUUUAGACAACUCAUCCGCACACUACCCAUGAUUUGGGCACGCACAAAAAUCAGUUGGAUCAGUCACUUCAACAAAAAAAGUUCAGCAUAAGUCCCUGAUUUGUCUUCUAUAAGUGAGCCUUUCAGCCAUCCGGGCCAUUUCGUGAGAGUGUCAUAAAAGAAACGAGCCUUUGUUCCCAUGAAUUCGAGUUUGGAAUCCCCGGGAUCCAAUGUCAAUAGCUCAAUGGGCGAAAUUGAGACCACCAAGCAGAUUUCUCAAUAUCAAAGCCAUCACAUUGGGACCGUGGUGCUUCUUUGUCUCAUCUAUGGCCUCAUCUCACUCACGGCUUUUGUGGGAAACGUCCUGGUCCUAUGGAUCAUCGCCACGGGAAGACGUAUGAACACUGUGAUAAAUCUCUACAUCGCGAAUCUGGCGGUGGCGGAUGUGAUCAUUGCGGUCUUCUGCAUUCCGUUCCAAUUUCAAGCGGCCCUCCUUCAGCGAUGGAACCUGCCCGCUUUCAUGUGCAAAUUAUGCCCAUUUCUUCAACACUUGAGCAUCAAUGCCAGUAUCUCGACCUUGGUGAUUAUCGCUUUGGACCGAUAUCGGGGGAUCAUCUUUCCCUUGAGAGGGAGUUACUCCAAACUUCGCGCCAAGGCCCUCAUUACGGGCAUUUGGGCAAUCAGCAUUGCUCAAGCUAUUCCCAAUUUGAUUGUAUACCAUGUGAGGCAGUUCCAGAACUCCAAUGGAGAAAAAGGGUGUAUUCUUGACAAAUCUUUGAUAUCGAACGAUGCUUGGCGAGAUUACACCCUGUACAUGGUGAUGCUUCAGUAUGUGAUUCCAGUGGUGGUCAUUUCUAUGACCUAUGGUCAUAUGGCACUGGUUCUGUGGGGUAUUCAAACACCGGGAGAAGCUCACGAUCAAAGAGACCUGGCCAUAUUGGCUAAUAAGAAGAAGGUUACCAAGAUGCUGUUGAUAGUGGUUAUCACCUUCGCCAUUUGUUGGUUUCCAUUCCAGUUGUUCAACUUUCUCUAUGCCGUUCGAUUCCCGACCGACUUUCCGGGCGUGAACUACUUCUGGAUGGCCAGUCAUAUCUUGGCCAUGAGCAAUAGCUCGUGCAAUCCCUUCAUCUACGGGAUUCACAACGAAAAAUUCCGACUUGAGUUCAACCGAAAGUGGGCGGCGUUGUUGGGGAGACCAGCCCCACUUGAGAGAGGCGAGGACAAUCAAGCUACGGCUACUCAAGGCAAAGGACUCCGUGUUGGAUCCGUUCUCAAUCGGAAGGAAUCACAAACGCCCCCCAUUCAUCUGAAAUUUUCCUCUGCCCAAGGCUCGUCUUUAUCUCGCCAUGUACGGAAGUCUAUUCAUCAGCAAGAGCCCGCGUGGGAGUUGUGUCAGUUUAUGAGUGUCUCCCCACAACCAAGCCAAAAUGUGACCUCGUGAACCGGGUGCCAAUCCAGCCAUCCGGUCUGUCUGAUAAUGCUCAUGGAGAGAAAUUCAAUUGUGAAUCAUGUACAAAGAUGUGCUCUUCGGACAAAUCUAUGUGUCACGUCGAUUUCAAAUGUCAUUACUCAUUAAACGUUUUCUAGAGGGAUGUUGUGAGACUUUGACCACGGAAGGAUGGACAAUAAUUAGCCGGUUCUUAUCUAUCUUGUUGCGUGGGUGUGGAGACUUGGGCUUUUCUCUUUCAACUUUGGUUAUACUUCUCUGUUUUCAAAUAUGUUCCUUAUUUCGGCAACACAUAUAAGACAGCUGAGCAUAUUGCCUGAAAUAUAUAUUUGUAAAAGUUUCUAUGAUGUAGAAAUAAAGAGCAUCAGGCCAGAUGUUUGACAAA